AUGUUCAACAAUGAUUGGAAACUGUCUUUCAAUUCCAAAACGUUCGAUUCGUUAGAUUGUUCGCUGUUCCGGAAUUUCAAGCCGAUGACUAUUUUUGACUAUGCAUUCUUCAUCUUAUUCCUGACGGGAUUGAAGAUUGCUCUCUUCGUUUCCGAUGUGUACACCUGUGUCAAACUGCUUGCGUUCAAUACGUGGUCCAACAACAUCAUUCAGCCGUACAUCCCGUUCCGCAUCAGCAAGUGGCUUUUCAGUGGAUGUAUUUUGGCCUCAGUGAGCCUCAUGCUGUGGGAAGUAGUUAGUGGAAUCCACAUAUACCGAACCAGGAACAUUUCACUGACGUAUGUGAACAACUUCUCUCGCACCGUUUACUCGGUCAGCCAGUACAACAAGUUUUGCGUGUACAACCGGAUUUCUCCCGAGGGCGCAUUCCAAAAGCUGGCGUUUUUCACUUUUUUCGAGCUCAAGGACUGUUUGAGGCUACUGCUAACCGACACGCCCAGGCAAGUGAUUAAUGGGCUUACGCUGUGGUCCGUUUUGGUGAGUACGAACCACGACAAUCUUGGAAAGUUGGAAAAUAUCAAUGGACUACUAGCCAAAAUCAAGACGAUCGCGCAGACUAAUCGUGAAGAGGCAGUGUUGCUUUCAUUCAUGCUGUUUUCGUUUGUUAUUUGGGCCUUUUUCAUAUCGAAAUUCGCCCUGGCAUGUCUCUCUUCGAUCUACGUGUAUUAUCGACUGUUCAACGAAGGGAGAAAGGGACUCAAAGAGUUUGUCUGCGUCACAGUCAGUCAGCAUGUCAACUUUUUGGUCGAAAAGUACCGCAGCAAGAAGCGCGGGGUCCAAGGUUUGGGACCAGAAGACAAGUUCGUGCUAAACAGUUCCAGUACGGAUUUAUUAACGAGAGUGGGAAACCAGGACGGUUCUAGCGCCAACCUGCUGGCGAACAUCGGGAAGCAGGACAGUUCCAGCACUGACUUGUCGACGGUGGUCGGGAAACAUGAUCUGGAACUUGGCUUCAAUGACGAUGAUCGCGGGCCCGAAGAUUGUCACAGGCUGAUAGAAAUGUCCAAAAAGCCUCAGGUAGCGACGGGAGACCUCGCAUCUUUACAGGACUCCGGGUAUGAACAUGCUGCAAGAAGUACAGAUCUGUUGACGAAAACUGAGUCGAAUGAGCCUGUGCAAGCACUAUCGCCGAUUAACAAUCUCGGAGACAGCAGCAAUGAUGCUCCCGGACGAGGCCUGAAGAACCUUCAUGUCAACACGCCAGAGCAAGCUUAUUUUAGCGGUGCGGAUCAGGAACUUCCUCAGAGAGCUUCUAGUCUGUGGACCAGGAGGGAGCGCAUACAGAAUGAGAACUACGAGUACUAUCUAAACAAACAUUAA